AGCAAUAACUUAUGAGUAAUUGGUCAUAGGCUCAAACUGACAGACUGAACAAAGGACAAAAGGCCCAUAAUAACUCCAGAGGAGCAGCAGAGAUCCACAGCUCAGGUGGAAGAUUCUGUUGACAAGACAGCACUCUAGAAAUCUGGAUAUAAUGGAAGUGUGACUAGAAGAAAGCAGAGAAGCAGACAUCAGCAAAAAGACACAAGUUCCAUUUGCAGUUUGUUCUCAGCCAUGUAUAUUACAGGGUAACAGUUUGAAAGUAAGGCUAAAAUGUGGGAAAACGUUAGGUGCUAUACGUCUUUGUAUGAGCUCUUUGGCUACCGGGAUGUUUUUACCACAUGGUCAAAUUGUGCUUUCUUUGAUAUGCACCAUUUUCUUGAGCUUUUUAUACAGUCAUGUUUAUUUUGUUCUAAAGUAUACCAAUGAAACGAUCUUUUUGGCACAUCUUGCUUCCAAACCUUUGGACUGCUGUGCAGGGGACACGACAAACGUGCCAAAAAAAGUGUUCUUGUCAGAUGAGACCAAGAUUCAAUUUUUUUUGGCCAGUCUGCAAAACAUGGGGCUGGCAUUAUGCUGUGGGAAUGUUUUUCUUCAGCACAGACUAGAAAGCUGGUCAGAGUUGAUGGAAGACAGAUUGGACUAAACACAGGACAAAGAAAGAAAACCGGUUAGAGGUUGAAAAUUACACUAAACAUACAGCUAGAGCUUCAAUGAAGGGCUUCAGAUCAAAGUAUAUUUAGGUGUUAACAUGGCCCAGUCAAAGUCCAGAUGUAAAUCCAACUGAAACACUCUCCAUCCAGUCUGACUGAGCCAUUUUGCCACGUAUAGACAAAAAUAUGAGAAGUGCAAAACUGGUGAUUUUCCCCUAAAAGCAUUUGCAGCUGACAUAUGCAUGCCACACUUUUCAAACUUUUAUUCGCAAAAAUGAAAACCAUCUUUUUUUUCACCGCAUAAUUAUGCUUUGUGGUUGUAACGAGAAAACGUGAAAAAGUUCAAGAAGCGUAAAUUUCUACACCGGGAAAUUCAUUCUUUCAUGUGCAGUUAAAAAAGCAUUUAAUAUAUCAUUCACAUUUAAACAGUUUAACCUCUUGACCAGACUUACUUGUGAUUGUCCCUUUUAAGUCUGGAGCAGACUUCUAAAAAGAGUUGGACCAGUAAUGGGUUGGAUGGAUAUUCGGUUUAAAAGGAAUAUCCCAGAAUUCUAAGAGUAAUUUCUCAGUUUUUUUUUUGCUGUGUUUUUCUUAUAUUUGCUUCCUUUUACGUCACCUUAUUCGAGACAUGACUGCUUAUUCAACUCAUUUUCUAUAAUUAUUGUAACGCCAGUAUUAGCACAUUGUUACGUAAAAUCCCAGGAACCGUUUUCCACAGGCAGGAAUACACAGUGCCUUGUUUGCAGAAAAGGUGAAACCCUGCAGCAUGUAAGAACUGAAUAUAUGCAGAAAAAAAAAACAGUUUCAACAACCCGCAAACGUUAUAUUUUGAAUGAAAAGCUUAUCCCAUCACAACAACAAAAGCUAGACCGCUGUCCCGAGCAGCGCCGCGAUUGGCUGAUGACUCUCCAGGAGCAGCGACCCGGGAACAUCAUUGGCUGACAGCAGGCGGUGGAGGCGGGAGCACUUCAGCUGCGACUGUCAAGAUUGGCAAAGCGCUGGCUGCUGCUGGUGUAUGCAGGUAAAAAGAGCAGGCGACAAGUAAAAAAAAAAAAAGACCCGAAAAACCUUCAUCCUGGCUGAAAGCGAGGAGUGCAAUGGAAACGUGGAAGCUCCUUUAUACGAUACAGUCUGGCAGGAAAAGGUUUUAAACUCGCGUAAAAAUCUGCAACACCUCCAGGAGCCUUAGCGGAAAGUGUCGCUUUGUGAGUAGAAGCAACUUGCCGACAGCUGCGUGUUUUCAAGCGGAGCCAUCAACAAAGAAUGAAAGCGUUGAAACGAGCUCUGGAGGAUGACCACCAUCCCGAGCAGGGCCACUCUUCAGCCAUGUCGGACAGCGACGAUGGCUCCCCACUCGAUCUGUCAGGGAGAGGGAUCCUGGGGAAGCGGCGUCGCCGCGGCAACCUGCCCAAGGAGUCGGUUCAGAUCCUCCGCAGCUGGCUUUACGAGCAUCGCUUUAACGCAUACCCGUCGGAGCAGGAGAAGCUCAGCCUUUCAAACCAGACAAAGCUCUCGGUGCUGCAGAUCUGCAACUGGUUCAUCAACGCCCGCCGCCGCCUUCUCCCUGACCUCCUUCGCAAGGACGGCAAAGAUCCCACCAAGUUCACAAUCUCCCGUAAGGUUGUCGGUAAAACUGAGGGCCACCAGUCAAACGGAGGCGAAGCCAGCGCUCCUGAAAUCAGUGCUUCAGCUCGCUCCUCUCAGCAGCGGCCAUCCGUGAUCCGCUCUGCCCCUACUUUGGACCUCAGUCUACUGGGAAACACAGCGACGGCCAUCCUAACUGGAGCGGGCUACCCAGGAAAGGAGGGGUCUGUGCAGGCACUCAUGAAGCUGGACACACAAAGUCUGUUGAGGGAGGCAGAUGAAAGGGGCGGCCAUUCAUCUGGUGCAACGAGCCUAGCAGUAGCAGCAAGCCACUCCAGUGGCCUCCUCAACACGCCUCCCCCGACUCCUCCCGAGCUCUACCCCAGUCAAGACUUCAGUGACCUGAGGCUGCUGGUUGAGGCUGCUCUACAGAGAGCUGCAGAGCAGGACCUACUUAAGGAGGCCCAAAGCGAACGAGCAAAGCCUUUAAAUGCCAAACUGGUUGAUGCAAACGAAAUGGGCCCAACUCCGCCUCCAGAGGAACAGGUCAUGGAUCCUUCCAGAGUACAGAGUCUGAUGGAGAAAGCCAUGACUGUUCCAGAGUCAAUCAAAUCUCCAAGUCCUGAAUCUUCAGCAGCUGCUCUACUAGUUCCGGCUCCAGUUUUGCUUUCAGCCUCCAGGUUAUCCCCACUACCAGUAAGCAAAGUCAUAUGGAGCCCCUUAGAUAAACACAGUGUCAGAGCAUCCAGCCCAAACCCACCUUAUCUCAUCCCAGCCCACCCACCGACUAUAGUGCCAGUUUCUGCCAUCGUCCUGGGGCAGCCUGGGUCACAGAAACCUGCUGCCCUCCCAGAUGUUAACCCAAAGUUACCUUCAGCUUCUAUGUCAGUCUCAUCUCCAACCACAUGUCCUAUAAGUGUAUCAAAUCCAGCAGGAAGACCAGUCUCCAUACAAACACCUACCUCCCAAUCACCCACAGGUCCCACCUCAGUGUCCCCCCCAGCAGCAGCAGCUGUCGUGUCUCACUCGACAUCUAGAGGCGACCUGCUCCACCUGCCAUUCCAAGAACCCCUCUCAAUCCCUGUGACAACCCCCAACAUGCCGCCUGCUUCAUCCUCGGGCUUAUCCGCAGCUCCAGGUUCAGCUCCAGCACCAGGCCUGUCUGUGCCAACGGUCCCACCUCUGCUGAGCCUGGCCUCCCACCUUGCUCCUCAUACCACAGGGAGCAGUAGUUCAGCCAUGGUGCCCAAGGUUUGGAGCAUGGUUCACGCCAACACCAGACCGGCCAGUUCACUCCAACUGGUAAAGACCCCCAUCAGCGCAGUGUGGGGGUCGCAGCACAACCUCCACACGCUGAGUGAAGCUGUUAACUAGAAGCUGCUGCUGUUUUUUUUUUAUGUAUAAACCUGGCAGGUAUGUUUUAUAAGUCUGGACAUUUAUAGGAGAAUGAAUUUUGAUCAGCCACCCUGAGCUUGGCUUUUACUGUUUACCAGACUGACUCAGAUGGAGACUGAUUGUUCCUCUAGACACCAUUCCUCAAUAGAUUUUGAUGUCAUCCUCACAGAUUUUCUGGAUGUUACAACAAUGAACAAGAAGGAAAGUAUUCCUGAACUGUACAAAAGUUUACCAGCCUUUCCAGUAGCAGUGCUGGACUUCAGUGAAUGUAAAAGAAGACCUCCUCUUAUAUGAACUAUGCUGCCCUUUAUGCACAACAUUUUCUUAGAGUUCUUUAGUUGUGCAUUUAAGAUGAUUAUGUUUUUCUUUUUUAGAUCGGUCUGUUUAUUCUGACAUGGUUCCCUGUUUUUUUAUUUUUCUCCCCUACAUUUGGAAAGCUGAGCCGCAGAAAAAUCCAAUAGACCACAUCUAACUGAAUAACUCCCUUCAAUCUCCGUUGUCCUUCUAAGCCGAGUGACUUUAUGUAUCAUUCAUCUUAACUGCUCUGUGGAUACCCUCGACCCCAAUGCAUCGCUAAUUCUUCUCCGUUAGAAAGUUUUGUGCAUUUUCUGUUUCCAAUUAAAGCAGGUGCUUAGGUUGCAUUCUGUUGGAACCCUUCAUGAGCUUGACCUUCAUUUGGAGACUAGAUGUAUUACCCAGAGUAUCCUGAUGUUUGUGAGGCCUUAGUUUCUAUUUCUCAGAUCUGAAUGCUGUAGAGAAAAUGGUUAAUUCAUAGAGGUUCUUGACGAAGCAAUUGUAGCACAUUUCUUUUGUACGUUUUAAACAAGAAAAGUGUAGUUUUUCCUCAUCUGAUUGUUUAAAAAAUGGUUCCUAUAGAGUUUCUGCCAAUCCAUGAAUCUGUAGUUUCUGUGAAACUUUUACCUGGACGCAUUGGUAGAUGUGAGUGUGUGUGGGAGUUUGGCAGAAGGCUGAGCUCCUUUUUGGUCAAUGCUGUAGCACAAAUGCCAGUUAAUGUAUACCAGGUCACAAAGCUGUGUUUAGUUCUGUUCUGUUGUGUAGAUGUGCGUGGUUGUGCAUUGGAGAAGGAAGUCUGUUUGGGUCUCAUCGAUGCCAAGCAAUGGACACCGCAGCCAUUCCAAGAAAACCUCCAAACUUCGCUCCCACAUUUUAGCCUUUUCUGUUUUUGUUCACAUCCUCACUGCGGCCACUCUGUGCCACAAGAUUAAGGUGAAUGUCUGUUUUUUGUUGCAGAAGAAGAGUAGAGCGGUGUUCAUUUAUACCUCAAGUUCACACUACCAUAAGUUAUGAUUUCAUUUUUCAGACUACAGAAAUACACUGUGAUGAUGCCUUCGAGGUCAUAAUACUGGGAAAGGCUGGCUAAGGUUUUAGAUGAUAAGGUUUUUAGAUGUAAGCUAACACUUCUGAGAAAAAAAUGUGCUAAUGUAAAUAUGUUAAUGGUCAAGGUUUUAUUUUUUUGGUUCAUAUUAACUAGCAUGAGCUAAGUCUCAAAAAGUAGUUUGUGUCCAACCAAAUGCAUUCUGAACGUUCCUUUUUCCAUUUGACAAAUUAUGACUCCAGGCAGUGUGACUGGCUGCUGUGCCUUAAGCCUUUGAAUGAGGGAUGAUGUCCCCAUUUUCUUUUUUUUUUCUUUUUUAAAAGUAUGUGUUAAAACUCAAUAGUCUGUGCAAUAUAUGCCUUAAACUUUAAAUGUCUGUUUUUGUAUGAACAUUUCAAAGAAAUAAAGGUUACAUUUUUUCAUAUA